CUUCAACCGUUCUCAACAUGAAACUUUUUAUGAUCGCCGCACUCUUGGCCGUUGCUGCCGCUGCCCCUUCCAGCUACAAAAAGGAUGUCAAAGCUCCCAGCUACCCUGCCCCAAGCUACUCCGCACCAAAGUACUCUGCACCAGCCUACUCCGCCCCCGCCUACCCCGCACCAGCCUACUCCGCCCCCGCUUACUCCGCACCAGCUUACUCCGCACCAGCCUACAAAGAUAACAACUACGCUGACAUCACCGUCACCAGCCAAUCCGAUGUACGCAACCUCGAUGGCAGCAGCCAAUGGAGCUACGCCCAGUCUGACUACACUACCCGCGAAGAGUCCCAAGUUCAGAAGAAGAUGCAAGGAGUCGCUUACGAUUCUUACGGAAAGGCCACCUACGAAGAUGUUAUCGGCAACACCAACAAGGGAUCUUCCUACUGGAUCUCCCCAGAAGGCCAGAAAUUCACUUUGACUUGGAUUGCCGAUAAGAACGGAUUCCAGCCAAAGGGUGACCACUUGCCCGUUGCUCCCGUCCACGUCUACGAGCUCCCAGUUGCCCCCGUCCACGAAUACGUUCUCCCCGUUGCCCCCGCUCUCCCCUACUCCCGCACUGGACUCGGCUAUUAAAUUCCCCACUUUCGUUAGUGGAAUCCGAGAACAAAUCUGAAUGAUGUGACACAUGUAAAUUUAAGUUAUUGGUGUCAAAUAAACGCAAAAUAUCUCUUUA